AGCACCUGAAAUUUGAGAGAUGCGCAUCAGUCAAACGCAGAAGCAAAGCGGUUUCUCACUUCCUGUGUGCGCAGACACUUCCUGUUCCAAAUGAGUUCUGAUAUGAAGAAAAGAAGAUUCAUAUUGUGGGUUAACCAUCUCUGGAGUGCGUGUCCUUGUAUGUGACUAAGAGAGCUGUCCCCCCCCUCCUCACGCUUCAGUAUCUGAAACCCUUUGGAGCUACACAAGCUGUGGAAGAUGGAUAAAGAGUAUGUCGGCUUUGCCACCCUGCCCAACCAAGUCCACCGUAAAUCGGUCAAGAAAGGCUUUGAUUUCACCCUCAUGGUUGUAGGUGAGUCAGGCCUCGGUAAAUCAACACUCGUCAAUAGUCUCUUCUUAACAGAUCUCUAUACUGACCGGGAAAUGCCCAGCUCUGAAGAAUGCAUUCCCCAGACUUUGGAGAUCAUCAAGAAUGCAGUGGAUAUCGAAGAGAGAGGCGUGAAAGUCAAGUUGACCAUAGUGGACACUCCAGGAUUUGGGGAUGCCCUGGACAACUCGGAUUGCUGGAAGCCCAUUGCCCAGUACAUCGACCAGCAGUUUGAGCAGUACUUCCGGGACGAGAGUGGUCUGAAUCGCAAGAACAUUCAGGAUAAUCGUGUGCACUGCAUACUCUACUUUAUUUCACCGUACGGCCACGGCCUACGUCCUCUCGAUGUCGAGUUUAUGAAGGCUGUGCACGAUAAGGUCAACAUUGUGCCCAUCAUUGCCAAAGCAGACACCCUAACGCCCAAGGAGGUCAAGGUCAUGAAGCAAAGGAUCCGGGAUGAAAUUGAGCAAUAUGGUAUCAACAUCUAUCAGUUUCCAGACUGUGACUCUGAUGAAGACGAGGAGUUUAAGCAGCAGGACCUUGCUCUAAAGAAUAGCAUCCCCUUUGCGGUGAUUGGCAGCAAUGAAAUUAUAAAUGAGAACGUGGCCCGGCCAAUCAGAGGACGUGCUUAUCCCUGGGGUGUGGCUGAGGUGGAGAACAAAGUGCACUGUGACUUCUCCAUGCUGCGAAACAUGCUGAUUCAGACCCACAUGCAGGACCUGAAAGAUGUCACCCAGGAAGUCCACUAUGAGAACUACAGAGCCCAAUGCAUUCAGAGCCUGACCCGGAUUGGCGCUAAGGACCGCAGCAACCGCAACAAAAUCUCCCGGCAGAGCAUCACAGAGCUGUCUUUGCUCCCACUGGCUGCAACAGAAAAGCUGAUCCAAGAGAAGGAUGAGGAGCUGCGCCGCAUGCAGGAGAUGCUGAAGAUGAUGCAGCAGCAGAUGCAGCAGAGUCAAGGGGAGCAGUCCGAUGCACUGUGAGAUGGCCGGCCAAGAGUUCAUGUUAUCUGGACCCCCACCUUUCCCAACCCCCACCCCCUUCUCGAUACUUCUUAGCUGUAUGUGGAUCUGGCCAUUUAACCCUCUUGUUGUUUUCACAUGCCUAUUACCAAACACAUUGUGAAACUUAAAAAGAACGAAAGAAACUCACGCUUUCCCUUCAGCCUCAACAAAGUGUAGUGCAUUGAACCCAAGAUAACCCCCCCCCCAAUCCCACAUUGCACACAAGUGGAAACAUGCUGUGUAUUCAGGAGACGUUGUGAUUUUUCUUCUCCUUCCUGGCAUCCAAAUGAGAAGGCGAAAGAGAAGCGUGUCGUAAAGUCAGAAAGAAAUCUGAGAUGGACUGUAGUCUGGCAUUGUGACUUUAGAUGAUUCAACCUCACCAACUCUAACUGAAAGGUGUCCAUUUUGGCGAAGUUUGUAAACAGUGUUGGAACAAACUGUGGGUCUAUUCCCUCUGAAGCUUUAUUUGGACAGUAUUGCUCUGUUUUUUGCUAUAAUAAUGGUGAGAAAAGGGCAAUUAACAAAGACUAUUAUACCCCCUAUAAGUGGAGGUCUUUCUUUUAGAGAAAUGCCAGGAACAGGGCUGGCAGACCCACAGCCACAACGUCAACAGCUUGUGUGAUGGACGCCUCACAGGAUAACAGCUUAACAGAAAGUGUCACUUUCAAUUGAGAAGAAAGGACUUCAAGCUGCAGAUAUGAUUGGUCCAGGGGUGGCAAGAAAUCCAUCGCUAAAAGUGCAAAAAUAAGGAAAAUCCACAAACUACCACCAGUGGACUACUCCGAGUUGGUCAAUCUAUGAGGAGACACAGUCAUCCACUGAGGGCACUGUCAUUUCUGACAGUUAAUGGUCACACGCUUUGGAUGCCUAGGGAAGCACCCACCCCUCGAUCAUAGAUGUAAGAUAAUAAUGUCCAUGGUAUGCACGCAAAGGGGCACCAUUUGUGUUUCUGAAGGCUUCAGACACAGAGUGGGGAGGUCAUCAAUCUCUGAUGAUGCCGAGUUGCUGCUGCUACCCACUGGGCGCCAUUUUUAAAAGUAAAUGUGUGCACGGUCCGUACACCAAGGGGCACAAACCCCUUAAAGUCUGCAGUAUAUGCACUACUGAAAGGGCGCACACACUCUGGGCGCUGAGGGGGAGCCACGCAGGUCGUUGAAGUCUAAUUAUACCAACUAGCCACUAUGGAGGGGCGGCAGCCAUCAACCCUGCCCAUGUGGGCUUCGAUCAGCACUGCUACAACCGAAAACUGGAAGAAGGUUUUUUAAACUGAUGAAUCUUCUUCUUCUGCCAUUAGGGGUUGCCACAACGGAUCAUCUUCUUCCAUAUCUUCCAGUCCUCGUCAUCUUCCUCCGUGACACCCAUCACCUGCAUGUCCUCUCUCACCACAUCCAUAAACCUUCUCUUAGGCCUUCCUCUUCUCCUCUUGCCUGGCAGCUCUAUCCUUAGUACCCUUCUCCCAAUAUACCCCUCAUCUCUCCUCCGCACAUGUCCAAACCAAUUCAAUCUCGCCUCUCUGACUUUGUCUCCCAACCUGAGCUGACCCUCUAAUGUCCUCAUUUCUAAUCCUGUCCAUCCUCGUCACACUCAGUGCAAAUCUUAGCAUCUUUAACUCUGCCACCUCCAGCUCUGUCUCCUGUGCCUCCGUCUCCAACCCAUAUAACAUAGCUGGUCUCACUACCGUCCUGUAGACCUUCCCUUUCACUCUUGUUGAUAUCCGUCUGUCACAAAUCACUCCUGACACUCUUCUCCACCCAUUCCAUCCUGCCUGCACUCUCUUCUUCACUGCUCUUCCACAAUUCCCGUUACUCUGUACUGUUGAUCCCAAAUAUUUAAACUCAUCCACCUUCGCCAACUCUACUCCCUCCAUCCUUACCAUUAGACUGCUGAAACAAAAUUUUAAAUCUUUUUGCACACCAAAUCAAAAGAAUGGCACCACAGUGUGUGACACCAACGGUCAAACAUGGAGGAGGAAGCAUGAGGGUCUACGGUUCACUUGCUGGAUGCAGGAAUCGGCGAUUUGCAUAGAAUGACUGGCACCCUCAACCUAAAAGACCUAGACCAUGGUAUUUUGCAACACCAUGCAAUACCAUCUGGUCUACACCUUGGUGGUCAGAGUUUCAUCUCACACCAUGAUAACAUCCCAGAGCCCACUUCCAGGGCGGGUCUGAACUACCGUAGAAGAAAAGAACAAGAUGGUGGGCUUCAAGUCACACAACUCCACCGAGAUGCUUUGGGAUGAGCUGGACAGAAGAAUGCAAGCAAUGCAACCUGCAGUGUGGGAACAUCUGCAACAGUUUUCUGGGAGGAACGUUCUCGACAAUACUCGAUUUCUACCGUAGAAAGAACGCCACAAGUGAUUUCAUCUGUUAUCUUCACAAAAUGAGGAGACCUUGACGAGUCAAAAAUUUAGAUUUAACUUUGUUGAACAAUUCUAUGAUUUCUUUUUGUUCCUCUCCAAUGAUUUUUUCGCUCCAUGUUUUCAUUUCAGAGUAUACAAAGACAUGAAGCUGCGUAAAAUCAAUAAAAACUGUUUGGGAUUGUAGUCACAUGAUCAAUAAGAGGCAAAAAAAAAAUGUUCUUGCCAUUAGAAAAUGGUUGUGAAAGGCGCUAUACUGUUAGAAGACAACGCAAAUGCCAUCUUUGAGUUGAUUUACGCUUCAUUUUCCAUAUCUUGCAUUGUCUUCUUGCUGCUUUCUAUUGCAUCUUCUAAAGACGCCCUCAUUAACGCAGCUUUGGAAGUUUAAUAUAAAACAGAAAACGGGCCGACCUCUCUAACUAAACACGUGUGAAAGUCUCGUAGCUCAAUACGCCAUAUUGUAUAGGGGGGGUCAGAAUCUGCUAACUUGUAAUAAACUGAGUGCGGUAACUGCUAGCAUUGUACAAAAAUGCAUUUGCUUGUGUUAUGAGAAUAAAAGACCAAAUAAUUAAAACGAA